ACGUCUGGCAACGUCGGUAUGCGCCCACGCAAAGCUCAAACAGAGCAACAAAGCCAGCGACGGUAUUUCUUCAGCUCAGUUGACUUGCAAGCUCGGCAGAGAAAACAUCUCAACAAAAUACCAUAAAACAAUUUUCAAUUCGUUGAAGUGACUGUGAUCUGUUUACUUACUUUUAUCCAGAUAAAAUCUCAAUCACAAUGUCUGAAACUAAGAACCUUGAGGCCGGUCAGCAGCUCGUUAAGCGUACCAUGGACGAGCUCAUCCAACAGAAGCAGACGACUGAGAAGGUCACGAUCCAAGCUAGACAGGAAUUCCGCGAGUCCUUCGAGGAACAUUACGAAGAGGAGUUCGAAGAGGAAACGUUUAUUGAUGAAUUAGGCAACUCCACAACCAAGAGAGUCGAAUCCAGCAGCGAGAGUAAAGAACAUUCUAGAAGCGCUGACGUCAAAGUGAAAGCGACGGGAUUAAACGCGGAACAAGUUAAGGCUUUAACCGACUGCGCAAAUGAGGCGGGACAGCUGGCGCUCGACUCCAAGCCUGCAAACUAAACAACGUUUGCUAGGAAAGUUCAUGGAGUGAUUCAAAGAGUGUUUAAGACUGUGUCCAGUGUUCCUUAUUCUGUAUAAGUUUAAUUAUAUGAAAGUGCAAUAAAAGUUUUUACACAAAAAAAAAAUAUAUAUAUUAUAUUAUUACUUAAAUGAGUGUAGUGCCAGAAUACGUGUGCUAGUAUAUGAUUAGGUAAAACACAACAGUCAGCUUACAAUGGAGGAAGAGGAAGAUGAGAGAAAAAACCGUCGACCAAAUCUGGCAGCUUUUAGCUCAUUGAAUGCCCGCGUGGUGCACUCCUCUUUGGAAGAGGGCUAUGUACGACAACAGGCCUCUUCAGAGUCGGCAGACGCGAACACUUGCUCGAGUAUUUCAACGGCACAAUACAGCGACCGAAGUUUUAUAUCUAAAACUAGCACGUUUUCGCGUAGCGGCACUUCGAGCUCGAGCCAAGAGGAGUGCGAAGUGGCGCAGGCGACGGUAACGACCGGUCAAUUUCUGGCAGCUGCAAGAGUCGAAACCGCUCGAUCAAUGGAGAGUCUCCGUCCAAGUAAAGACACCUCCCCGGCGCGUCCGGCCAGCUCGUGCACCUCUGUUCGUAGUCACCGAAGCUCCUUCCUAACUGCGAGUGAACGGGAUGUACGCGAAAGCCGCGGCCUACCCGCCCGGCGCGCUCUUUCUGGUGAAGACAUGGGCACUUCAGCCGAGAAACGACGCGGUUUGUUCGCUAGCACCGAUCGUCGUGCUCUUCAACAGCUCAGUCUGCCCCCUCCUGAGCGCAGGCUGACGAUCCUCAGCCCGCACAGUCCUAUGGCUGUGAUGACGGAACUCCAAUGGCCGGUCCCAUCCGGCAUUCGUGGCAGACGCAAGAAAGGAAUGGUGCUGCCGAAACUGAUUCUUCCACGCACCGAUUCUGAAGCAUCCGAGGUUUUUAUCGAAAGUUUCGAUGUGGAGAAUGGGGGUGGAGCGGGAGUUGCCGGAGGCGCAAGAUCUCCCCUCGAGGGCGGAUCUCCGUCAGCCGCUCUCGUCCUGCAGGCCAUGCCGCAGCGCCGCGAGUCUUUCCUAUACCGCUCAGACUCCGAUUUCGAAAUGUCACCGAAAUCCAUGUCCAGGAACAGUUCGAUCGCCAGCGAAAGAUUCAAGGAGGCUGAGGCAGCACAACUGGACAGAGCUCACGGAGAAGACCUGAUUGUGACACCCUUCGCGCAAGUCCUGGCGAGCCUGCGUAGCGUCCGCAACAACUUUUUGUGUCUCACCAACGUGCCAGCUUCCAAGUCACGACGGUCUUCCGGCGCAGCUGCUGUCACACCGCAACCAAAAAAUUUUAAUGCGGGAGACGAAUCCUACAUGAAGCUGGCUUUGGAAACCGUUGAGGAACUCGACUGGUGCCUGGACCAAUUGGAGACGAUACAGACACAUCGAUCGGUCUCCGACAUGGCUUCGCUUAAGUUCAAGAGGAUGCUGAACAAGGAGCUGAGCCACUUCUCAGAGUCCAGCAAGUCCGGCAAUCAGAUCUCCGAGUAUAUCUGCUCCACAUUUUUGGACAAACAACAGGAGCUUGACUUACCAUCCUUACAAGUCGAAGAAACUUCGGAACGCGGCGCCAAGAAAAAGGAAAAACCACGUCAUGGCGGACCAGCGACUACGAUGUCACAAAUAUCGGGUGUUAAGAGGACUUUGACACACACAAAUAGCUUCACCGGCGAACGCGUGCCGAGGUAUGGAGUUGAAACACCGCAUGAGGAAGAGCUCGGCCUUCUUCUCAGCGAUCUAGACCGGUGGGGAGUGAAUAUAUUCCGCAUCGGUGAUCUGUCAUGCGGUAGACCACUCACUGCUGUCGCGUACACAGCGUUCACAUCACGGGAGCUGUUGACUACUCUUCAGAUACCGGCGCGUACUUUCUUGGCGUUCGCAGUUACCUUAGAGGAGCACUAUAUUCGAGACAAUCCUUUCCACAACUCUCUCCACGCUGCCGAUGUCACACAGUCUACAAACGUACUGUUGAAUACACCUGCGCUUAAUGCUGUCUUCACACCACUAGAAGUUUGCGCUGCUCUUUUCGCUGCCUGCGUCCACGACGUCGAUCACCCGGGCCUCACCAAUCAAUUCCUCGUCAACUCCAGUUCCGAACUCGCACUAAUGUACAACGACGAGUCAGUCCUCGAGAACCACCACCUUGCAGUCGCAUUCAAGCUGCUGCAGAAUGAUGGAUGUGAUAUUUUCGUGAAUCUUCACAAGAAACAAAGACAGACCCUCAGGAAAAUGGUUAUCGACAUGGUCCUCUCGACAGAUAUGUCGAAACACAUGAGUCUGCUGGCGGAUCUGAAGACGAUGGUCGAAACGAAGAAAGUCGCGGGUAGCGGUGUCUUAUUGCUAGACAACUACACUGAUAGAAUUCAAGUAUUAGAGAAUCUCGUACACUGUGCCGAUCUGAGCAAUCCUACUAAGCCGUUGCCACUGUAUAAACGAUGGGUGGCAUUACUGAUGGAAGAGUUCUUCCAGCAAGGCGAUCGUGAACGUGAACAUGGCAUGGAUAUCAGUCCAAUGUGUGACAGACAUAAUGCUACUAUAGAAAAAUCUCAAGUCGGUUUCAUUGACUAUAUCGUGCAUCCUCUGUGGGAAACUUGGGCAGAUUUGGUACAUCCUGACGCUCAAGAUAUUUUGGACACCUUAGAAGAAAACCGAGACUAUUACCAAAGUAUGAUUCCACCGUCACCGCCACCAGCACCGAUACAAUCCUCACACGCCUCUGAUGAUGAUCGCCCUGAACAAAUACGAUUUCAAGUCACCCUAGAGGAGGGAGAAGGAUCAGAAGAUUGCGAGGGCGAAGGUGAUGGUGGAAUGUGACGGAAACUACUCGGAAUCUGCAAGAAACUCACUGAAAAGAUGCAAGUGUGGUGGAAGCUCUGGCAGUAGAGCGGACACGGGUCGACCGUGGAGCGACGAAGCCUGGAUACGCCAACAUUGGCGGUGGAAGAAGGCUUUAGGGUUUAAAACAUACUAAAAUUAUUACAGAUUCCAUGAGUUUUAAUUGUAAAAAUGAAUACGUUUUGAGGCUAAUAUUAAUAGGUGUCCCUUGAGUCUGUUGUAUAAAGUGUACAGCGCCACCGACGGGCGGGUGCGUGCCGCAUAAUGACGCCGCACGCGCGCCCCCCCUCCCUUGUUGGAUAGUAAUAUUUGUUGACGCUUAAAAUCGAAAUGAAACGACAUGCGAUUGUAUCGUCACAUUUCGAUAUGAUUAUGUUUAUGUGAUCAUUACGCGAUGUUGUUUAGAUUUACCUAACGUUUGUAAUAAUUGUCCCUCCAAUGUUUGUGUGACGUUCGAUUGUCUAGUGUUUGUAUUGUCGUUUCGUUUUGUCCAACCAAAGAUGUGAAACAAUUUCGUUCGCAGUAAUAUCGUACGAUGAUCCUUGUGAGUGGUUAGUGUUCGGUUCGUAAUAUUAAAAUUGUCGUAAUUAGUCUAUAGUUGUCGACGUCGUAUAUUAUCGGCUCGACUGUUAAGGACAUUGAAAACGCUUAUUAAUUGGUAUGAAAGGGUAAUUUAUAUUUGUCAUAUCAUCCACGUUUCUCAUAUAUAAUACGGGUUUGCGAUAAUGAUGUUAUUCACCAAAAUAUAUUAACAUGAUAGGUAUCUUAAAUAUUAAAACUUAUUUAAGGUAAAUUUUAAAAAUUGCCUUUCGAAGUUAUCAUUGUGUCUUUCUUCUAAAAAAUAAUAUUGCAAAAUUCGGUCAAUCAAUUAAUGUUGUACCUUUAUUUGUGGAACUCCCCAACUAUAAUCGUAUUUAUGUAUUUUCAAUUACAGUUUUGUAAUACUUUCAAUUAGAAUAUCAACACCAGGAGAUGUAACGGAGCCUCCUUAAGUGUCUCUGAUGUCUUGUUAUUUAUUAACUACAACUGUUCAAACAUGCAAACCAUUGUUGCAUCUUCUAUGCUUUAAAUUAUCUAUCAAUUCAAUGUGUUGGAUAAACACGUUAUAUUUGUGAGUGUAGAAAAAUUGUAAAUAUUCAAUAUUCAAAAAUAAUAAUUCAACUAAAUACGUCAUUUAAUACGGAAGUUCCACAUUUAGUUGGGAUUUAAAAAGACACUGUAACUUCAUCCAAUUUAGGUAGCUUUACUUAAUUUGAGAACCUAAUUUCACCUCAUCUCUUAUAGCGGGUCGCUGGCGAUCCCGUUCAUUUUUCUCUUUAGAUGAUCAAUUAUUUUGUAGGUUUAUCGACGAAAUCACUGUAAUUUAAAUUUAUCAAAAAAAAAAAGAACUUAGUCGUAAAGUGUUCGUGUACUCAACUAACUGGCUUGAUAUGUUUGAAAUAAGUAUUACAUACUAACAAUAGAGUGGUUUGCGACAUUUUCUCUUGAACGACACAAUAGGAAAUAAUUAGUUUAAAAUGUUACGGCACGUAGGCCGGGUAUUGCAAUAGUUUAAACGUGAAUACGUAGUUCCCUCUUGUGUAUUAUCAAUGAAAAUUGUUAAAUAAAAUAAAAUAGCAGUAAAUAAUACUAAUUAAAUAUGUGCAUAAUAUUAUGUAUGUAUAACAAACGAACAUAACAGUUAUGUGGAAAUUUUAUGUAAAACGUAAUACUUAAUUGAACAGUCUAGGUAUUGUUUGCAUUUCACAUUUUCAAAUUAAAACAAAAACAGUUUUUCAUGUCCUAGUUUGUAACUCAAUAUUUUUAUGAGCUGGUCUCUUUGUUAUUUGUCACGUAAAGGUUUUUUUUUUAAAUAUACUUUACAAACGAUUUAAGUUCCUUUGAGUUUUUUUUUGUGGUUCCUUUUAUUUUAAUUUCCUUACCCAAUACAACUAGUAAUCCAAUACAUAUAUAAAAAUGAAUUCAAAUUAAAUGUGUUAUAUGUACCAUAAUUUCUAUAGAAUAGUUUAUCUAUAAAACCUAAUUUUGUUUCUCGAAACAAAACUUUUUGCCUGCCCAUUUAAAGUUAAAAUAUGAUCAAUACGCUUGUGUGUUAUAUAUUAGAGAUUAUUACGCUUAGAGAUCCUUGUUUUCUAAUAAAGUACGAUGUAAAAAAUUGUGUUAAUAUGAUAUUCUUACUGCAGUAGAUCUGUGUAUUAUACGUAUAUAGUGGAGUGUUCUUUCGCAUGCUAUGAACAAAUACAUGUAUCCAAUUUAUUAUAAUAAGCAGUCAUUGAACUCAGUAAAUUGUUUAUGUACUAGGAUUAUUGUAUUACCUAAUUGUUGUUCUACGAGCCAAACGAAUAAAUGUUCACGUUUUUAAAAAACUAUCUACUGUUUAGAUCGUAAAUGAAAAUUAAUCGGUGUGCAUCGUUGACCAAAUGUAGCAUGCCCAAAAUCUUUGCAUAUUCGAACUGACUAGAAAUAUGUAUGUUGACGAUUUCAUAAAAAAACGUCGAAAUUAUAUACAGGUUUCUAGUACAUAAUAUCAAUAAAUUUAACGUUUUAUUCGGAUGUGUCUGCCGUUGUAUUGUCAUGUCUGCAUUUUGCGUCAAUGCGUGCUGUAGGAUUAGUCAUUUCAAUUUUGAUUUUGCCAAAGUUUCUCAACCUUGUGUAUAACGUUUUGUCUAUAUGAACUAUAGCUAAUAUAAAUUGAUUAAUACAUAGUUAAAUAUUAAAUAUUGAGUGCGUAUAUGCAAUGCUGGUCAUUUGCAUAACUUAAUAUUUAUAUUUAAAUAAUAGCUUGUAAUAGUUUAAAAUGAACAUUUGAGUUGUAUUAAAAAUAUUAAUGUAUUUAGAAUAAAAGAAAUGGGAGAAAA